CGGCUGUCAGACUAAGACCAAAAUAAACACAUUGAUAAGUCAUGGCAAAGAAGAAAAGUAAGCCAUCUGCAGACCAAGUCCGUAAAAAGCGCAGUCAAGAGGUGAAGAAGCUAAACCCCUUUGAGGUGAAGAUAAACAAGCAGAAACAUGACAUUCUCGGGAGGAAAACAGGAAAGUUUGAGAUGGGAAUGCCAGGUGUGGCCCGCUCAAGAGCAAACAAAAAGCGUAAAAUGACACUACUUAAAGAACAUGAGCAGCAGUUCAAGUCAAACAAGUUUGUGGACAAACGAUUUGGUGAACAUGAUGCAUCUCUGUCGCUAGAAGACAAGAUGAUGAAGAGAUACGCCAUGGAGAGAUCGCGAACAACCACUAAAAGCAAGUUCAAUCUUAACGAAGAGGAGGAAUUAACCCAUUUUGGCCAGUCACUUGCGGAGAUUGAGAAGUUUGAUGAACCUUCAGUCAGUGACGCUGAGGAUGAUGAUGAUGAGGACAAGCGAGCAGCAGCCAAGAUGGUUGCAGAGCAGCACUUUGGUGGGUUCAUGAAAAAGAGGGAUCCAGAAGAUGAGAAGAAAUCCUGGAAAGAGCGCAUGGAGGAGAUGAUCUCACAGUCGAAAAAGAAAAAGUAUGAGAAGCAGCAGGAGAAAGAGGUGGCCGUACAGAUGACUGUGGAGUUGGAUGAGCAGUGGAAAUCCCUUCAUAACCUCCUACACAAGGGGCUUAAGGCUACAAGAGAAGAUCGUGAAGUGCACAGCAAGGCAGACGACUAUGACAUGGCCGUACGCUCACUGCAGUUUGAGAUGAAAGGGCAGGCGACAGACCGGCUGAAAUCAGAGGAGGAGUUGGCCCGAGAUGAGAAGGAACGCCUCGAGAACCUUGAGGCUGACCGGCGACGUAGAAUGCGGGGUCAGGCAGAGGACGGCUCAACUUCACAGCCCAUUCACAGGUCAGCUGAUGAUCUGGACGAUGGGUUCUCAUUGGAACCCAAGUUGGAUUUUGAUUAUGUCAGCUAUAAAGAUGGUUUGUUGUUACAAGAAGAGGGCAACGUGAAAGGUUCUAAAAACAAGGAAAGAGAUGAAAGUGAUGCAGAAGACGAUAGUGAUGAUGAUGAAGGAGGAGACAUUGAUGAUGAAUCUGAAAAUAGUGAUUAUGAUGAUGUCAAAGGUGUUCAAGAGGAUGAUAAUGAUGAUGACAUUGCUCCUGAAAAAGAUAUUGAAAACAAUGACAAUGGAAAGUCACCUAAGAAGUCAAAGGGAAAAAGCACAAAAGAACCAGUCAAUACUGGUAAGAUGAGUGCAAACAAAGAGAAGGAAGAUAAUAGCGAGGAAGAUGACAGUGAAUCAGAAGAGAGCGAUAGUUUUGAUGACAUCAUGUCAGACGAAGAUGAUGAAGAAGCAACUGAGGAAAAUGUAGCUGAGACAAAUAAGGGAGGCCACUCAGAAAAACGGAAGAAAAGAGUAACAUUCAACACGGAGAAGAUUAUUGAGGAGGCAAAGAGGGAAUUACCUUACACAUUCAAUGCCCCGGCUAGUUAUGACUCCCUGCUGGAUCUGUUGGAGGGUCUGGGAAUGGAGGACCAGCUGACUGUGAUUGAUCGGAUACGGAAAUGCCACCAUCCUAGCCUUGCCGAGGGAAACAAACAGAAGCUGGAGACGCUGCUAGGCCUGCUGGUUCAGCUCUACUGUGACCUGUGUAUCCAGGACACGCCACAACUUGUGUAUGCAGAGCGUCUUCUCCCGCACGUGUAUCAGCUCACCCAGAUGUCACCGGGCAACGCUGCACAUGUGUUUGGGGAUAACCUGACAGACAGGCAGGAGGAGUUCGCUCAGAUAUGUCAGAGAAAGGCCGGAAGGGGACUCUAUCCGGGAUUGGAUACUCUGAUGAUGUUCAAGCUGGUUUCCCAGUUGUUCCCGACGUCUGAUUUCCGUCACGAGGUUACAACCUCGGCAAUGGUGUUUAUGUGUCAGAUCCUUGGUCAGUCUCCAGUCAAUCACGGUCGGGACAUCCUUGCUGGACAGCUGCUGUGUACGCUCUGUCUCGAGUAUGUGAGCCUGUCCAAGCGGUACAUCCCGGAAGUGGUCAACUUUCUACAUGGACUGCUGUUUUAUGCCUCAAAUAAAAAACCCAACAAGUUGGCUGACGUGAGACCCCCUUUCAGACCAGUCGGUGGAAAUAUUAACCUGCUCCAGGUCGCCAGUAAAACAGACAAACUGGAGACCAUUAAGUGGUCACUACAAACCAUGAUGACCCCAGAAGUGGACAUAGAGAUGUACAACACUGACCAGUUCAAAUUAACAGCUAUUAACACAACAUUGGGGCUGUUGCUUGAGUUUUCCAAGAUGUACAAAGAUUUGAUGACAUUCCGGGAGAUUUUCGAGCCAGUGGUCUCCAUGUGUAAAUGUCUGCCCACAGACAACUACCCAGAGUCUAUACAGACCAGAAUAGAGUUACUUGUCUCCCAGUGUGAAGAGUAUUCUAGCAAGAGCAGACAACCCCUUGCCAUGCAGAAGAAGAAACCCAAACCACUGAAAAUGUUUGAACCUAAGGUGGAGGAGAAGUUUGAUGGGCGGAAGAAAGGUCGUCGAGGUACAAAGGACUUCAAUGAGAAACAGAAACUGCUGCACAAGUACAAGAAGGAGAUGAAAGGUGCUGCGAGGGAGCUGAAGAAAGACACACGCUUCCUGGCACGUGAAAAACUGCGGGACCAGAUGUCCAAGGAUGAGGCGCGAAAACGUAGGGUGCGGGAAAUCAUGGGUGGGCUAGCCCACCAGGAGGGCGAAUAUAAGAGAAUGAAACUUGGCAUCAAGGAGAAAACUGAUGACAAGACUUGACGGGAGGGUGGAUUUAAUUUGUUAACUCCUCAUGGCGACUAGUGUGAUACAUGAACUGCCAAAGUGCAUGUUCAUACAAAUGCCUGGUUUAUAUGUUCAAGCUGCAACAGUCACAUUAUUGAAAAUGACAUUUAUGAAUAAAGUGUAACAAUAGCUUUCUGAAAUAAUUAUUAAUGAUUCCCGAAAUCUAGAUUAGAAAAUUGCCUACUUUUCCAGCCAUGGAAAUUGACUAUCAAUCUAGAAUAAUUAUCAUCCUUAACUGUUAAGAAUUAUAAUUAACAAUUACUUCAUUUUGACAUGAAAUCAUAGUUUGGGUCCCAGCUUGCUGACACUACUGUAAAUGAUUUUUAAACAUUAUUUUAGUCAACAUUGAGAAAUUAUGUUUCUAAGUCAUAAGUUAUAGUUUGAACAUGCAUGAUCUUAACAAAUAAGAAUGAUGGAGCGUGCGCUUCGUAGCCUUUAACAUUUUACAAUAUAGGAUAAACUGGUAAAUUUAUUAUGUCAGUUCCAUUAAAUUGUUUAAAUGCAAUUGUAAACAAUAAAAGGUAGUAGUUUUUAAAAGGCCAAUAUUCAACUUUAUUAGGCUGAAAAUGUAGCUUUUGUGUUACAAGUCAUUUGGGUAAUUGAGAAAUUUUACAUGAUAUACAUUUGCAAUGAUUGAUAAAAUUUUCUGUUCAUGUACAUUUACAUCUGGAAUUAUACUUGUAUGAUUUUUUUUUGAUUUUUUUAAUGUGUCAUCAGGUUUCAUCGAGUCAGACAUUGAAAUUAUUAAUUUUGUUUAAAACAUGAACAAAAGGAUUUUUUGAAUGAUAAUAAUUUAAUACAUCAUCAAACUCAAAGUCAAAAUUUGAGCUCUAUUGUUAUUGAAAAUUUGGAAAUGUGACAGAAAUCGCUCUAUUUAGCUGACAAUUAAACAAUAGUAAUGCUAUCGAAAAAUCCAAUGACUUUAGGCUUAGAUUUACAAAAUUAUGUUCUAAUGAGCAUCUAUCAGUUGCUGUUGUAAAAAGACUGAAUUUCAACGAAGAAAGAAUAGUUGCCAACAUAAAAAAUGUUGAGUAAGUCCCUAAAUCUGCGAGAGAGUCCUUAAAACUGUGAGUCCCUUUAAUUGUAUUCAUAGUUUACAGAAGAAAUGGGGAUUGUUUAGUUCUGAUGUUGCUGUUAUGCAUAUGUUUUUUAUUAAGAGUUCGUCGAGUACAACAUACAUGUUUGUCUGUUAUAAUUGAUUAAGAUCUUUAGAAGAGUCUACAUUGUAUUAUAAAAUGUAAUAAGUCAAAUAAAGCACUAAAAGUUC